ACGUGUUUGGAAUGCUGAUCGUUGAGAUCCGUAAACAUUAGGUAUCUACAAGAUCUACAGAUAGUGAGGAUGGAAACCCCCGAGCCCAGUGACAUUGAGGUGCGCCAGGUGACCGCCGCGGAGGCGGGCGACAUGAUGGCCUUCCUGCUGGUCCACUACUACCGCGAGGAGCCCCUCACGGCGGGCACCAGUCCGCCGGAGCCGGAGGCGGCGGACCGGGAGUUCCUGCUGUCCAACGUGCCCCUCGGCACCUGCUUCAUGGCGCUCCGCGAUGGCCGGAUAGUGGGCGCCGUGGUGGCGGGACCCAAGGAUGCCCACGAGCCGGAGCACAUGGCCGAGGAGGCCAGGAAGCAUGCCGGCGGCAAGUGGGGCCGUAUUCUGCACCUGCUCAGCGCCGUGGAGUCCGCCUCCGAUGUCUGCCGGCGCUUCAAUGUGCCCAGCAGCCUGCAUGUCCACGCCCUGGGCGUGGAUCCCGAGCAGCGGGGUCGCCGCCUGGGCGCCCGCCUCAUGACCGCCGUCGCCCAGCGGGCCGGGGAGCUGGGCCACCGCCUCGUCUCCGUCGACUGCACCAGCGUCUUCUCCGCCCGCCUCGUCCAGCAGCUGGGCUACCAGCUGGUCAACACCCUGCGCUACGAGGACCACCUGGACGCCAGUGGCCAGCAGGUCAUCCGGCCACCGCCGCCGCACGAAAGUGUCCAGACCUUCGUGCUGCAGCUCUAGGAAAAAGUAACCUCCGUUGCCAGGCAACCUUAUCACCUUAUCAUCGUUUCGCCGUUGAAUCAUAACACACCCCAAAACCCCAAAACGGUUAUCAAUUCCUUAUCGCCCUUAAAACAGCCCUUAAAAUGUGACAAUCCUUGUAGCUUUUGUGUAGCGAUACUAAGAAUUUUUAUUGGUUUUUAUUUGUCUUUUAAAUUCUUUCACCAUUAGUCUUAAGCUAACUUAUUUCACUGCCCACAGAAUUUAACAAAUAACCUUGAAGUGAACAAGGGUUUUUUAAAUAAAAACUGUGUAUGCCAGAA